UCGCGGUGCAGCUGGAGCUGCAAGUAGCCGGCGCCGUCCCGCGUCGCCCCCGCGCAGGGCGGGCCCCGCACGCUUAUUCUGCCCGGGAGGAACGCAGGCGUCCAGCCCGCUACCGACCGCCGCUGCGGGAUGCUGCGCUCCACGUCCACGGUCACCCUGCUCUCGGGCGGCGCCGCCAGGACGCCCGGGGCGCCCAGCAGGAGGGCAAAUGUUUGCAGACUACGGCUGACCGUACCUCCUGAGAGUCCAGUUCCUGAGCAAAGUGAAAAGAAGAUUGAGAGAAAAGAGCAGCUUCUUGACCUGAGCAAUGGAGAACCUACCAGGAAACUUCCUCAGGGUGUUGUUUAUGGUGUGGUGCGAAGAUCAGAUCAAAAUCAGCAGAAAGAAAUGGUGGUGUAUGGGUGGUCCACCAGUCAGCUGAAAGAAGAGAUGAACUACAUCAAAGAUGUGAGAGCCACUUUGGAAAAGGUGAGAAAGCGAAUGUAUGGAGACUAUGAUGAGAUGAGACAGAAGAUUCGACAGCUCACCCAGGAAAUAUCUGUUUCCCAUGCUCAGCAGGAGUAUCUGGAGAAUCACAUCCAAACCCAGUCGUCUGCCCUGGAUCGUUUUAAUGCCAUGAACUCAGCCUUGGCGUCAGAUUCCAUUGGCCUGCAGAAAACCCUCGUGGAUGUGACUUUGGAAAACAGCAACAUUAAGGAUCAAAUCAGAAAUCUGCAGCAGACAUAUGAAGCAUCCAUGGACAAGCUGAGGGAAAAGCAGAGGCAGUUGGAGGUAGCGCAAGUUGAAAACCAGCUGCUAAAAAUGAAGGUGGAAUCGUCCCAAGAAGCCAAUGCUGAGGUGAUGCGAGAGAUGACCAAGAAGCUGUACAGCCAGUAUGAAGAGAAGCUGCAGGAAGAACAGAGGAAGCACAGUGCUGAGAAGGAGGCUCUUCUGGAAGAAACCAAUAGUUUUCUGAAAGCGAUUGAAGAAGCCAAUAAAAAGAUGCAAGCAGCAGAGAUCAGCCUAGAGGAGAAAGACCAGAGGAUCGGGGAGCUGGACAGGCUGAUUGAGCGCAUGGAAAAGGAACGUCAUCAACUGCAACUUCAACUCCUAGAACAUGAAACAGAAAUGUCUGGGGAGUUAACUGAUUCUGACAAGGAAAGGUAUCAGCAGUUGGAGGAGGCAUCAGCCAGCCUCCGUGAGCGGAUCAGACACCUAGAUGACAUGGUGCAUUGCCAGCAGAAGAAAGUCAAGCAGAUGGUCGAGGAGAUCAUGUCGCACGAGCUCUUCUCCAGAUUUAGUCUCCGGCUCUUUGGAAGAUGAUAAAUUGGUAGCCUGCUCUGGGUUGGAAGCGAUUCCUUUAUUGUUCGUGAUUAGAAGAACACUUGUACACUCUCUGCUGGGAAGAGGUGGUAUUUAUCUAUGAUGAGCCAAUGAACAAAACAGGAAGGACAUAUUAUUUAAAGGAAAAUUUGACCAUGUGGGGCUCUUGUUUGUGAAAACACCCACAUACUGUCACCCUGACUUGUACAGCCUCAAACUGCAGAGUCAAGAGAACUCACAGAUCCACAGAGUAUUUUUAGGAACUUGAGUAGACAUUGAAGAAGGAACUGCAAUGAAAAAGACUACUGAAAAACCAUUCAGAAAGAUCCAGGUGGAGGCUUGGAAGAUGAAUCCUUACUUAUGGAAAAGCUGCCAAAGACAUCUGCUAAGGAGAUGGGAAGAGAGCUUGAAGAAUGUUAGUGCUCUGGGAAGGAGGUGCUCCCACCAGAUCACCCCCCAGAAAGUACAGGAGCAGCCAGGUGUCCAUGUGGUUUGGUUCUAUUUGUAUAUGGGAGGUGGCCCUGAAGGUGUCCUUCCUGAAUGGAUAUCAAUACUCAUCUUAGGACUCUUCUAAGAGGAGUUUAGCUUGCUUCUAUCACCAUAAGCAUUUUGCCUGAAUUGGUUCAACCAACUUCACGAAAAGGAGUGUAUCUGAUAAAGAGAAAUCUAUUUGGCUGAAAUAUGUUGAACUGAAACAUCCUUCAUGUAUGUUUUAUUUUUAUAGAGGUCUUUCUUGAGAUUGCUGCAGGCAUUGGUGUUUUAUCAGAACAUGACAGUUUUGCUGAGAACUAGCCGUGGUAGCCGCAGUCAUAGCAAUGGGUGGCAUGAGUCUACAUAAGCUGGGAGAUGGGGCUCGUGGAGUGAGUGCGUUCAGAGGCCCAGUGUCCCUCAGACAUUGGCUAGUUCUCCACUCCUAUCACUCCUUCAUGGCAAAGCAGGCAUGAAGAUGCUUUCUUGCUAAUAUUUGCCUUUGCUUUCAUUUAGAUGCUUCUACCCAGCUUAAGCAAGGAGGGAGGGGAUGGGAAAGAAGCAGAUGAAUACUUUUCCGCAUUAGUUAUUAACCAUUAAUAUUGUUCACCUGUGCACGGUGCUGUGUUUAGACACAGAUCCCCAGAUACGAUGCUGGGUAUUCAGACUUCCACUAGGGAGACAGAGGCAGAUUUGAGAAUCUCAUCUGGAUGUUAGCUUAGUGUUGUUACCUACACUGUUUUUUAGGGACACCUUUAUUGCUGUAAUGUUUUUCUAAGUCUCUGGUGGAAAAGUCACUGGCAUUUGUUCUAGCAGCAUUGACUCAUUGCCAAGUUUUAAAAAAGGAAAUAAUUAAGAGAAUGCAAUGACCUUUAGAGAAAACAGGUCACCCAUGUAAGUCCCGCUUUCAGGGUGGUGUGCUUUCUUCUGCUUUUAGAGUUUCUUUUCUCUUUUGGCCUAUGAACCGUACCUGGAGGCCAGGCAGGCCUUAUUCUGGAGCAGAUAGUGAGUGAGGUUCCUAGAAUACUGCAUAGCCUGAGAGUGCCUCCUAAGUGGAUGCCCUCCACACCUCCUGCACUUGGCCCUGGCCCUGGGUCCUAGGCUCAUUGUUGAUCUUCUUAGAUCUGGGUUCCUUGCAUUGCAGGACCUACCUCAGCCUGCUCUUGUCUGCCUUUGCUGAUGCCCCUCAAUUCACCUCUUUCCUGCCUGUACUGUGAUAUGGUGUGAGCUUGACUUACUGCUUGUCAAACCUGAGUCAUGUGCUGAAAUCCUGCCCCGCCACCGCUUUCCUCCCUUAACUGGAUCCUUAGUCUUGGACUUCAAGGCUACAGCUCUGUCUUGUGGCCACUCACGCCCCACCCAAAGGAGGUGCUACUCAAAAGUUUGAGGCAGGAGUGAUUUAUCGUAAAUGACAAUGUUAUAGUUUCUAAUUCUAGUGUUUAGCAUGGUAUUAUUCACUUAUUUAUUUUAAAAUCUUAGACAAUCUAUCUAAAAUGUCAAUUUUUAGAAGGUAUCAGAGCACAAUUAUGGCAGCCUUUUUUCUGUAUGUGUUAUAUGUAUUGUUAAAAAAAGCAGGUUCAUUCUAUGACAGUAUUGGUUUCGGUAUUCACAAUAUAAAUUGUCUUUUCAAGGGAAAAGAUAUUUUCUUUGGAAAUGUCAUUGAAUCUAUGUUCUCUUUAUCAAAAUUGUUCUAAUUGACUUUGAACUGUUUCUCAGACACCUGGUGCCCAGUUUCUGGCCAUAGAAACUAUGUGAGGCUAAGUAAUUCAUGUUUUGGGUCACUACCAGUCACGAAUGCUUCUCUCAUUCCAAGGCUAUGCAUAUGGAUGUCACAUUCCCAUGUCAAUCAUCUCUGGAAGGUAUUAUUCGCCCAGUUUUUUAAGCAUGGGAAACUGAGGCUUAGAGUCUUAAAAAAUAAGUAGCUGGCAGUCUCUCAGCAAAUAAUGAUGGUUCUGCACUACAUACCCAGAUCUGUGACUCCAAAGCCAGCCUUUGUUCUUUUCUUCUUGUUACUUUUAAUUGGAAAAAAAUUUAAAUUGCAAAAAGUUGUAGAGUGAUAAAAACAAAAAAUCCAUGAACGCUCUUCUAGGAUUAACAAAUGUUGCCAUUUUGGCAUACUUGUUUCUGUUUUUUUUUUUUUUUUUUUAAAGAAAAGAA